UAAACCGAACAGACUAAUGGGUACAGGAAGUCCAAAAUGGCGAUGGACGGAAUAUUGUCCACGUCUUCGGGUCUACCUUAUCACAAUGUGGGAGAUUUUUACCCCAGAAAGUUUGGGUCGAAGCCGGACGUGGUGCCGACUGGGGUGACAGAGAGGAAGGUGGGCCCGCUGGAUAAACUUGACAUGGUGUCGGUGGAUGUCAUUAACAUCAAAGAUCCAGAUGUUCCCGUCCACAAGAAGAAACAUGAACAUGACACCUUCGUCCUGGGCACCAUCCAUCCAUUCAGGAAGGCCCACAGAUCCAUCUUUGGGAAAGUUGUACAGGAGUUCAGGCUGGUGGCCUCAGACAGACGGUCGUGGAGGAUCCUGCUGUUCGGGGCGUUCAACCUGCUGUGUACCGGCUGUCUGCUGAUGUGGUGCAGCUCCACCAACAGCAUGGCUUUAACCGCCUACACCUACCUGACCAUCUUUGACCUCUUCAGCCUGAUCACCUGUCUCAUCAGUUCCUGGGUCACCAUGAAGAAGCCAAGUCAGGUCUACUCCUUCGGGUUUGACCGACUGGAGGUUUUAGCGGUUUUUUCUUCCACGGUUCUGGUCCAGUUGGGAGCUCUGUUCAUCCUGAAGGAAAGUGUGGAGCGCCUAAUGGAGCAGCCUGAGGUCCAUACAGGCCGCCUAUUGGUCGGGACCUUCGUCGCCCUCUUCUUCAACCUACUGACGUUGCUGUCCAUCAGGAACAAGCCCUUCACCUUCGUCUCUGAAGCCGCCAGCAGCAGCUGGCUUCAGGAACAUGUGGCCGACCUCAGCCGAAGCGUGUGUGGCAUGGUUCCAGGGCUCAGCAGCGUUCUGCUGCCUCGUAUGAACCCCUUCGUCCUGAUUAACGUGGCUGGAGCACUCUCCCUCUGCACCACCUACAUGCUGAUAGAAAUCAAUAACUACACGGCGGUGGACACGGCGUCGGCGGUCGCCAUCGCCCUGAUGACCUUCGGCACCAUGUACCCCAUGAGUGUCUACAGUGGGAAAGUGCUGCUGCAGACCACGCCCUCACACAUCAUCGGACAACUCGACAAACUCCUCAGAGAGGUGUCAACACUGGACGGAGUACUGGAAGUUCGCAACGAACACUUUUGGACUGUUGGAUUUGGAUCUCUGGCUGGCUCCGCCCACGUCCGGAUUCGUCGGGACGCAAACGAGCAGCUGGUUCUGGCCCACGUCACCAACCGGCUGCUGCCACUCGUGUCCACACUGACGGUCCAGAUCUUUAAGGAUGACUGGACCCGUCCCCUGCUGACAGGGACCCUGUCCUCCUCAAACGCCCCCCCUCUGGGCUCUGCUGAAGGCUACCCCUCUUCCUGCUCUUCUGGGCCUCCUGGUCUGCUGAACCCUCUCACCUCUACCCCAUUUAAACCCGGUGGUCCUCCUCCUGAGUUCUCCUUCAACUCUCCGGGCAGGAACAUUCAGCCGGUGGUUCUCCCUGCCCCAGGUCACCAUGCCCACAGGCCCUACGCAGGCCUGGGAGUCGCCUACGGAGUUGCAGCCUACACUGGGGUGCUCAGUCAGGGCCUGGCCGGGCCCAGCAGCGCGCUGGGACUUGGUGUACAUGGUCUGGGACCUGGAUUUGGAUUGGGUCUGAGGGGAAAUGGGGUGCCAUCUUCUCACGGCUACAGAACUUCGUUUGAAGGCUCGACAGCUCCACUUCAGUUUGGAACCGGCAACCCUCCGACCCCCCAGUCCCAGUACAGACAGUACCGACCCUGACUGGUCAAACCUCUGAGGUCACUUCCUGUUUUAGGCCAAACAUGAAGACAUUUACUUCAUGGAGAGGACGAUUCCAGUCUGAUUUUAUGUGAUGAAGAUUUUUCUGGUUGAUGAUGUUUUGACUCAUACAAAUGGACGGAGGAGCGUCAACGUCCACCAGGCCUCCUCCUCAUCCUCCUCAUCAUCAUCAUUAUAUGACUCCACAGUAACAUCUUGUUAGAAAAAAAUAUUUUCCAUUUUGUUCAUGUUGAUCUUUUUAAACAACUUUUUUCUGCAUUUUUUGCUUCAACUUUUCAUCCAAAAAGCUGAGGAGGUGAAAACGGAAAUGUUCCAGAUUUCUGAAACGUUCUGUUUGUUUCUGGACCGGUGGAUGUGUCGGCGUUUCCGUCCAACAAAGUUUCAUCUGAUGUGACGAGAUGUCAGGAUGUAGAUGUCAAAACAAAGACAUCAGGACGAGAAGUAGAUGGAGUGAAGGCGUCUGUCCUCCAGGUCAAACGUCCUUAGAGACACUGAAUAAAAACACUGGCAUUAAUGAAAAUGUUCAUUAGCUAUUUGAUGAUUUAACAGAGGUCGGCCUUCCUGAUCCUGGCUUCUGAGUGGAUCUAAAAUAUUCUGAAUGUUUCUGGUUAUUAAAAACAAGUCAUAAAAGGUC